GAAUGGCUCAAGAACUAUAUAAGUUGCUGGUAGUGGCAUACACAAGCACAGAAAAUGCAAAACGACAAAAUGCCGAAAUUUAGUUGAUGAGUGCGGUGAUAGAGAAUAUCUAAAAUUUCUAAUCGAUUGCUCAGAUUGCCAAGAGUUAGGAUAGCAGUAAAACAAUACCUUAAAUAUUAAAGUGCAAAGUUAGGCAGCCAGUUUGUUGAAUUCUGCAGUUUUAACGAUGUUAUCAAGUCAGGGUAUGAGAUUUCGCACUGAUAAAUUUAGUUGAAAUAUAAUUGGAACAUGCACAAUUGGUUUUUGAUGUGAUAACCUCUCAAUAGACUUCAUUGAAGUGCAAGCAAUUGUUGUAGAAAUCUAUGAGUUUGUUGAUUAAAAUAAAAAAAAGUAAGGCAUUCCUGAAAAUAAAUGAUUAGCAAUCAAACCAGACAUAGAGAACAAGAUGAGGUAAUUGGUGAAGAGUGAUUAGUUGUGGGAAAUACAAUCAGGAUUGUUCUUCUUCAAAACAUUGAUUGACUCAUUGGAAUUGUCAUCAUACAAUCUAGUGAUUAAUCAGGGUUUGGAUUGGAUCAGAGAUUUCUUUGAUUUGGUAUAUCCACUAUUCAAGAGGUUGGAUGAAUAAUCAGGAGACUUGUCUGAAGAAUACAUAGUCACAAUACGAUAUUACGCUUAGAUUGUUUUGGAGUACUGUGAGAAAUUGUUCAAACAGAAAACUCACAACAAAGAGUCCUUGAUCCCACUCUAAAAUCUGAUGUUUAAAUUAACAUCCUUCCAAAUAACUUUAUUUGCUAUUUUUAAAUACUCCCCUCAAAAUAAUCUUCUCCAAAGUUGUAUAAUUUCUUGCACCAACAAUGAAUAAUUUGACAACAGAAUAAAUGAAGUGAAAAUGUAUGGAUUAAAAUGUCUGCAAAUAUUAAUCAACUCCUUAUUGAGCAAAAGUAAGAACGACUAAAAGAAUAGUGUAUUUUAUAAUCAACAAGCCAAUCUGACUUAGUUAUUGCUGUAUUCCAUCUUUGCAUACACCAGAUAAGCGAGAAUCUCAGAUAUAUUAUAGUAAUUUCUCAGCUAUAAUUAGGAAACAAUUUCUGCCUAGUAUCUUGAGUAGUAUGCUGAGAUUACUGGCACAUUUAGGCGGAUAAGCAGAAUUGUAUCCUUAGUUCCAAGAUUCCAAGAAUGCUUUGAUCACUGAUAUCAUCUACCCCUUUCUAAUAACUACCAAGAGUGAAUAUCAAAUAAUGAAGGAGUAACCAGAAGAGUUCGUCAAUAUUGCAUUGGAUGUUGUCGACAAACAGGAAUCAGAUUUACCAAAAACAGCAGCAACAACCUUAUUAGAAACCUUAUGUGAUCAUAUCGAUGGAUCGACAUCUUUCUUGGCGCAAAUGGCAAUAGUUGUUAUAUCCUCUGGCAUUCUAGAAUUGUCUCAAUCUCAAUUAAAUAAACAACAAUAGCAAAUCAUAUUGACAGACAUAUAAUAGAUAUCCAAUAAGAAGUUAUUCUAAGAAUUUACUCCUGUGGAUAGAAUAGAAAGCAGUUUGAUGAUUUUGACAAUUAUUAGCUAUUUAGUAUAAAAAAGACAGGAUAUCAUUUAAUUGAUGGAGUAAUUAUUAUAAUCGAAUUUGCCAUUUUUUACUAACACAACUGAGUAAAUAAUAAAGGUUAGAUUUGCCUUGUUUUUUGGCUACUAUUUGGAUAAUUUGUUUAAAGUUGAAACCCAAUUUUAGCUUAUGUUAAAUUAUAUCUAAUUAUUGAUAUCAUAUGCUAAACCACAAGAGCCAGUUGUAUUAUAUUAGUCUAUUGAUGCAUUAAAAGAUGUGUUUGAGGAUGAUGAGUUGAAACAUAAAACUGGAAGUUUAGUGGCCAAUGUCUUUCCAGCCUUGAUUUCUGGUUUGGCAUUCAGUACUUAUGAAAGACAUUUUGAGAUGAUUGGGAAUCUACUCAAGAAGUUCCCCUUGAUAUUUGUUCAAAAUGAAAAUUACAUCAUUAGUCUAGUGUAAAUAUUGGUCUAAAGAAUAAUACAAGAGGAAGCCUUGAUCAAGACCACCAAUGAUUCAAAUAGAUACAUUCAUUUCACUAGAUGCUGGAAUGUUAUUAGAUAAUUGCCAACAAUCAAUGAGUUCUCAUCUCUCCUUCUCAAAAUUGAAUAAGCCAUGUAACCCAUCUAUCAAUCCCUCGUAAUCAAUGAAAGCAGAAUGAAUUUUGAUGAAGAAUUGGUGUUGUUUAUCUCCUCAGUCAUCUAAAAACUCUAAUAGGUAUCCCCAUUCCAGAGGGAAAUCCUGCCUUGCUUCUCUAAUAUCAUAACUAAACAAUCUGGCAGACUAGGCUACUUGUAUGAAACUCUAAACAUGUACAUGUAUUACGGAAGGAAUUACUUCUUGCAAGAACAAGCACAACACAUUUACUUCAAUUUGUCUCUCCAAACUCUGAUGCAAGAGGAAGCCUUCGAAGACAUUGAUCUGGCAGAAGGAGCACUUCUCAUCCAAUUGGGAAUCCAAGUGCUUAAUAAUGAUAUAAGUCAACCCCUAUUGGCUUAUGUGUUCCAAUAAGUGCUUUAAUUAAUUGCGAAAGAGAAUGUCACUGGGAUUAUUCGCUCUAGAAUUACAGCCAUUUUUUUGGUUGCCUUUUACUAUAUACCCUAACAAUCUUAUCAGAUAUUGGGGGAUCAUUUUCAAAAUGUGUAUCACAAAGUAUUGAGCACCCAAUAUCAUCCAGGCUAUGAUAUUAAAUUAUUCAUCCUCACUAUUUGUAAAUUAAUCUAAUAAGAACCUCAAUUGUUGACUACUGACUUGAUUUAAAUAAUACUUAAGAACUUGGAAAGCUAGGAGAAUGAUGAGAAACCAGAAAAAACAGAUUUUGAGUAAACAAUAUAUAUCAAUUAUGUAGUGAUGAUAUGAUGGAUGACGAUGAGGAAGAUGACAUUUUGGAAGAGGAGGAAAGACAAUAGGCUAAAUAGCAAAUUGAAUAAUUCAAAAGUGAUUUAUAAAACUAUGACGAAUUCACAGUGUUCAGGAGCACUAUAUUGGGUUUCAAAUAUUAGUAAGAUUUAUAGUUCUAAUAUCUUUAGACAUCCCGAAAUUAUUGCAUUAAUUAAACAAAAGCUAGAUACUUCUACUCAAUUAAAAUUAAACAAUUAUUUAAAAUAUGUCAGAAUCGACAAUAGCGAAAGUGCAAGAAAAGUAAGAGUACUUAUUUUAUUGUAAGGUUAUGACAACUGGCAAAAGAAAACAUCAUUAAGCAAUAUGAACC